AUGGAAGAUAAACUAAAAUUGGCAGUCGGCAUAGCAGGCAAUGUCAUUUCUGUGCUACUUUAUGCAUCUCCAAUAUUAACUUUUAAAAGGGUGAUAAGGAAGAGAAGCACGGAGGAAUUUUCGUGUAUCCCAUACGUUGUGACUCUAUUGACAGUUGAAUUGUACUUUUGGUAUGGGUUACCUAUUGUGAGCAACAAAUGGGAAAAUAUCACGGUAGCCACUAUUUGUGGUGUAGCCGUACUUCUUCAGUUCUCCUUCGUUCUCAUUUAUAUUUGGUUUGCUUCACCAAAGAGAAAGAGAAUGGUUAUUUUGAUGGUGGUGGGUGUGAUGAUGGUGGUCUCCAUCAUCAUAUUAGUCUCAACAUUUGCACUGCAUGACCAUCAUCACCGCAAGCUUUUUGUCGGGAGCAUUGGACUCGUGGUUGCUAUUGGGAUGUAUGGUGCUCCAUUGGUUGUCGUGAAGCAAGUGAUACAGACAAAGAGUGUGGAAUUCAUGCCAUUCUACUUAUCUUUAUUCUCAUUCCUCAACAGUUCAUGCUGGGGGCCAUAUGGACUAUUGGGUCAUGAUCUUUUCAUUGCGCUCCCAAAUCUCUUGGGUUGGCCCUUAAGCGUCUGCCAACUUGUGUUGUACUGCAUCUACCGUAAACAGGAAAUUCACCAAGAACCAAGUCAUGAUGAUACAGAUCUUGAGAAAAAUAUUGCCAAGGAAAACGUACUGUUCCAGAAACCAGUGAUUAACAAAGAAUCAUUCUCCCUUUAA